CGCAGGAGGACUGACGCAGGGUUAAAGGCAACCGGCGUCCGACAAAUGCACAAAGAACUAGGUGCUACUCGUUUUCCGUUGCCAAUUUUAGCUAUCAAAUAAUAAGACAUUGCUGGUGACUGUUCUACCUAUAGGGUCAGAUUUAACAGUCUGAUUAGGACAUCAGGUGACCCAGCCCCCCCUGGUGUUGCUCUGUCAGUUCUGCGACCCAUUGUGGGAUGUUUCGCCGUGCACUUGGAAAGACUGUGGGAUUUGUUGGCUACACCAUCCAGUAUGGCUGUAUCGCACACUGUGCCUUUGAAUACAUUGGGGAGUUUGUCUCUUGCACUGGGCCAUCCAUGGAACCCACCAUCACAAGCAAUGACAUAGUCUUCUCCGAACGGAUAAGUAGGCAUCUUUACAGAAUAGAAAAGGGAGACAUCGUAAUAGCCAAAAGCCCCUCCGACCCGAAGAUGAACAUCUGCAAACGAGUGAUUGGGCUGGAAGGAGACAAAGUGUGUACCAGUAGCCCCUCAGACGUCUUCACGACCCACGAUUAUGUACCAAAAGGGCAUGUAUGGCUCGAAGGGGAUAACCUUCGGAAUUCCACAGAUUCCCGAAGCUAUGGCCCAGUUCCCUAUGCCCUAAUCCGAGGGCGUGUGUGCUUAAAGUUAUGGCCCCUGAAUAACUUUGGUCCUCUGAAUGAGAGUCCAAAUGAGAGGAUUCCACGAAGUAGCUGACAUGAUGCUGCUGGUCUCUGUAUAUAAAACAGUUUUCUAAUGUUUUUAAAAUAAAUAUUUAUGAAUAACCA